UUGUUGCGAAAACAUUGUGAAGAGGUUGCUCGAUGGGAGUGCAUUGACAAUGGUAAACCGAUUACUGAGGCCCGAAUGGAUGUGCUCAGCUGUAUCGAUACCUUCAACUACUACGGCGGAAUAGGGCAAUCACUUGUUGGUCAACAUAUUCCACUGUGUAAUAACCGAUUUGCCUACACGAAACGGGAACCUCUCGGAGUUGUUGGAUGUAUAGGUUAG